UCAUCAGUCUCGAACUCUGCCGUAGUGUAGCACAGCACACUCCCGCGGUCCCACCAGCUCAACUCAAGUCGGCAGAUCCGUCCAGCCGCCUGCGCUCCCACGCCAUUCUCCGCCGACGAAAGCUCCGCCGCAGAUUUGCUACCCCGGAUCUGCUACCGAGAUGGAUAGAGAAGCCAAGAAAGAAGGUUUCAGGAAGUAUCUUGAAUCCAGCGGCGUGCUCGAUACUCUCACGAAAGCUCUUGUUGCGUUGUAUGAGGAGAACGACAAGCCAUCAUCGGCAGUCGAGUUUGUUCAGCAGAAAUUGGGUGGUCCAUCGAUUUCCGACUAUGAAAAGCUCAAAGCCGAGAAGUUGGAUUUGCAACUGAAGUAUAAUGAGCUUUUAGAGACUCACAAGGAAACAAGUAGACAGUUGGAGGAACUUAAGAAUUUGAAGAUCGACGCACCUUGGAACUAAUGGAAUCAGCAGGUGUUGACAUAGUAGGUGUUACCAAGCAAAUAUAUAUGUCUCUUCAAUUUGGAUCACCAAGUCAUGUAAAAAAGAAACAUUUCUUGGCUAAACUUUGCCAACCAUGUGAUGUAAUACAUUAUACACUCCUUAGUCCCUUUGAAUGACGUGUGUGUUCCACUCAA